AUGAAGGUCUCCCAGAUCACCCUCCUCGGCUUCCUCGGCUGCUCAAGCCUGGCUCUCGCCAAGACCUUCCCACGCUUCCGACCAGGCCACUUCAAGCGAGACGGCAACAGCACCACCACCACCAUGCUCCAACUAAGCACCGACGCGGAAUUCCAGUACCAGCUCGUGCGCGCCCUCUCCGUGGCGCCCUACCUGGGCUCCGACAUCGGCGAGCUGCUGAUCGCCGUGAACCGGCUCACAGCAGGCGACAUGGACAGCUACUACGCCGCCUUCAACGCGCUCGCGACGCGUGUCCACGACACGGCGGACGCCAUCAACGUAACGAAAUACCCCGUCUCAGUGCGCGACGCCCGCUUCCGCGAGGCAACCUACUGGCGCUCGGCCGACUUCUUCCUGCACGGCAACUGGAGCGACCCGCGCAUCAACUCGCUGUGGGCCUCGCAGACGGCCGCGUUCGACGAUGCGAUCGCGCUGCUGUCGACGCCCGGGGAGCGCGUCACGCUCCCGUCGGCCGGCGGGAAUUUCUCGGUGCCGGCUAUUUUCUACGGCACGGGGCUGCCGGGCCGGAGGCCGACGCUCAUCAUGUGCAGCGGGAUGGACGGGUCACAGGAGGAGAUGUACCACAUAGUCGGCGCCGCGGCGUUGCAGCGUGGCAUGAACGUCAUAACCUUUGAGGGACCCGGACAGCCGACGGUGCGGCGCGAUCAGGAUCUCGGGUUUAUCCCGGAGUGGGAAGAGGUCGUCACGCCCGUGGUCAACUAUGCGCUGACGCGGGAUGAGGUGGACGGGAGUAAGCUGGGACUUCUCGGCCAAUCAUUCGGGGGCUACCUGGCGCCGCGCGCGGCCGCCUUUGAGCACCGCCUCGCGGCCGUCAUGGCCAUCGACGGCAUCUACGACUUUGGGCAGGGCCUGCUGGACCAGUUCGGAUCCGACUUCACGCGGCUGUUCGACGCCGGCAACGCGACGGCCUUCAACAACGCCAUCGACACCCAAGUCCUCAACAACCCCGACGCCCCGACCAGCGCGGUCUGGGGCAUUCAGCAGGGGAUGUGGGCCUUCAACGUCCCGACGCCCUAUGAGUGGAUCUCGCGCGCGCAGAACUACACGCUGGACGGCAUCGCGGGGGACAUCAAAGUGCCGGUUUUCGUGGGCGAGUCGCAGGACGAUGAUAACCUCCCCGGACAGCCGAAGGCGCUGGCGGAUGCGCUGGGUGACCUUGCUACCUACCAUCUCUUCGAGUCGGUUGAUGGCGCGGGUCUGCACUGCGCGGUCGGUGCCAGCGUUCUGGCCAAUCAGGUCGUACUCGAUUGGUUCGAGGACAUAGUGUCUUGGGAUCAGUUGAACUGCGAUUCGGAAAUGUAG